AUGUCUGCAGCUCAGGAUUUCCAGGCGCUCCAUGCUGGGUGUCGGGAAGAUCUGUUUGAUGACGAGAAGUUUCCUCAGAACAUUCCGGGUGUGGAGUGGAGGCGUCCUCCGGAGUUCUGCUCCCAUCCACAGUUCAUAGAGAGCGGAGCGAGUACAUCGGACGUCUGCCAGGGCGAGUUGGGGGACUGCUGGCUCCUCUCCUCCAUGACGUCACUCACCCUCCACCCCCAACUCUUCUCCCGGGUCGUCCCUGAGAACCAGACCUUCAGCCGGAGCCAUGGAUACCGCGGGAUCUUCCACUUCAAGCUGUGGCGGUUCGGUGAUUGGCUGGAUGUGAUCAUCGAUGAUAAACUCCCAACGAAGAACAACGUCCUGAUCUACAGCAAGAGCCACACCCGGGGGGAGAUGUGGAGCCCCCUGCUGGAGAAGGCCUAUGCCAAGGUGUCUGGAGGAUAUUUGGCUCUACAAGGAGGAACCAUCCCGGAGGCUCUGGAGGACUUCACUGGCGGCCUGGCGGAGGUGCUGAGCCUGAGCAGACACACCCCCGAGGAGACCUGGGAGCUGAUCGUCCAAUCAGCACACAGCCGCUUCCCCAUGGCCUGCUAUAUAGAGGUGGCUGAACAUGGUGAGGUUGGACAGGUGAAUGAGGACGGGCUGGUCCUGGGUCACGCCUACUCCAUACUAGGAGCCAAGGAGGUCCAGCAUGACUCCGGGGACGUCACCCUCAUCCGCCUGAGGAACCCAUGGGGGUUCACUGAGUACAAUGGCCCAUGGAGCGAUAAGUCUCCGGAAUGGCGGUCGGUGUCAGAUGAAGAGCAGAAGCAGCUCAACCUGCAGAAGGAAGACGGAGAGUUCUGGAUGCUGUGUGAGGAUUUCUGCUCGUUCUUCUCCUGGAUGGUCAUCUGUCACACCAACCUGGACUCCCCCCAUUGUGAGGUCACUCACCUGCGGGGUCGCUGGCAGCGCGGAGUCAAUGCUGGAGGGGGUCGCAGACUAAGAACAUUCUUCAACAAUCCCCAAUUCCGGCUCCGUGUGGGCGGGUCUUCAGACCAAGAGGCGGGGCAUAACAAUGAACAGGAUGAGCAUUGGAGGGUUUUGUUGGAGUUGAUGCAGACUGACGGAGGAGCUCAGAAGCUGCACAUUGCAUGUCACCUGUACCAGGUACCCCAAGAUCUGGUGUCUCGCCCCAGACUGGACCGCGGAUUCUUCACCAGGAAUCGCCCCGUGUGUGACACCGGAGAGCCACAGAACAGCCGCGGGGGGGUGACGAUGCGGGUACACCUGCCGGCGGGCGAGUACGUCAUUGUGCCCUCCACCUAUGAUGCCAAUCAGGAGGGCAACUUCUACAUCAGAGUGUGCUGCGAGAGAGACGCCGGCAGCAGUGCACCCUGCUGGAGGCAACUGGAACAGCAAGCGACUGAGAUGAUUCACCAACAGACGUCUGCAGAGAAGAUGACUAAAGCUCUCUACGUCCCACAGAAUCCCCGA